AUGUCACAGAACAAUGACUUAGCAUAUGGCAAGGCCUACGGGUCGGAGCGUGGGUCUGGAGACGGCUCUCGGGGCUUCGGUGAUACUUUCAAGAAGCUCAAAGACACCUACAAAAGUUACUCCCAGCCCUCAGGCCAGGCGAGUGGCCAGGCUGGUGCCCAGAAUGUGAAUGCUCAGAAUCAAGGUCCAUACGGAUACAGUCAUACCCCUCAAAGUCAGUCAGGACAAGAGUAUCAGUCCGGCUCGAGCUCAAACCAGUAUACCCAGCAGGAUCGCCCUCAGAAGCAGGAUAAGCUUUCGGGGCUCCUGGGCAAGCUGCAGGGGACAGUCACCGACAUGGGGUCUGAAUUGGCGACCAAAAUUGGCACUGCCAUCGAUCCACAGGCCUAUGCCCAAUACGGAUCGAAUGACCAGGCGGCACAACAUCGCUUCGGCAGCUUCGCACCACCUCGUGAACACAAUGAAGUCAAGGCAUACGUAGAUGGAUGCUCGUAUUUUUGGGCAGUCUCGGUAGCCCUGGAGAAUGCGCGCGAGUCCAUCUGGAUUCUCGAUUGGUGGCUGUCCCCGGAACUCUAUCUCAGAAGACCUCCCGCUCAAAAUGAGAAGUAUCGACUGGACCGUAUGCUCAAAGACGCCGCUGUGCGGGGCGUACGUGUCAAUGUCAUCGUGUACAAGGAGGUUACCCAAGCAUUGACCCUAUCUUCUUCCCACACCAAGCAUGCUUUGGAGGACCUACACCCUAAUAUUGCGGUCUUCCGUCAUCCUGACCAUCUGCCCGAUCGCCAGGAGUUGAUCUCAGGAAUCACUCAAUCCCUGCAGAACUUUUCUCUCACCCCGGCGGGUCUUGCACGGAUGUCCAAGGAUACUCUGACCGGCCUGUAUGGUAUGAACGACGACGUUAUUCUAUACUGGGCCCAUCACGAGAAGCUGUGUCUCAUUGAUGGACAGAUCGCAUUCAUGGGAGGUCUGGAUCUCUGCUUUGGUCGAUGGGACACUCAUCAGCAUGCGAUCUCGGAUGUGCAUCCAUCAAACAUCGCCGAGACCGUCUUCCCCGGACAGGAUUACAACAACUCCCGCGUUCUCGACUUUGAGAAUGUCACCGACUGGGAGAAGAACCAGCUUGAUCGGAUGACCAUGUCUCGCAUGGGCUGGUCGGACAUUUCUGUGGGUUUGCGAGGUCCUGUAGUCGAGGAUCUCCGGCGCCAUUUCGUGGAGCGCUGGAACUACAUCUAUGACGCCAAGUACCAGGUUCGCCAGAACACCCGGUACGCGCGACUUGCGCUUCACGGACGACUGGGGUCGUCACAGGGAAACCCAGUCGGUGGCGCGCAGCAGCAAGGUCCUCAAUUGCCAGGAGUUCCUGGACAGCCCCAAUUCCAGUCGCAGACGCAGCAAGCAUCGGUCCCUCAGUGGCAAAGCCAACAAUCCUCCGCCGGGAGCCAGCAACAGCACUCCUUCACACCCCAAUGGCAGGCUUCGCAAUCAACGUCCACACCAAGCUACCCUCCCCCGCCAGGACAGUACACCCCAGGCCCGACUCAGCAAGCGCAGCACAACACCUCCUCUACAUACCAAGCCAGCCAGUCCGCAAGCACUCCGGGUUACCAAACCCAGGGCUACCAAGCCAGCCAAGGUCAGGCACCCCCCAACCCCCAGCAGUCGGCAAGCCAUGGUCCCCAGCAGUACAGCUACACAGGUGGCUCGUUCCCACCACCCCCUCCAGGACCGCCGCCUAGCCAGUCUCCUGCGACUCCAUCGUACCAGCACCAGCACCAGCCUCAGCACUCGCAAAAUCAGGCACCCUAUUUCCCUCCUCCUCCAGGCCAAGGAUCCUCUUCGCCGGCCUAUUCUAACCAGCAAGAGAAUCAAGCGUCCUACUAUCCCCCUCCGCCCGGUCAGGGGAGCUCAACUGCCGGGCAAGUAAAUCCGACCGUGGGGACUCGCGGGGCCGGUGAUCACUACCAAAGCGAAGAUCAGUCACGGGGCUUCGCACCAAAACGUCUGCGACAAGACAUCACGCAGUAUGGCAAUCAGCUCCGCGGUCAGCUUGCUGGUCAGAUUCAUCAGUACCAAGACAAACUCACCACUUACGGACGUCCUGAUCAACAAGGACGCGGCAACAUGUCCUGCCAGAUUGUUCGGAGCUGUGCCAAGUGGAGCAAUGGUACCCCCGUGGAGCACUCUAUUGCUGAUGCAUACGCUGCUAUUAUCCGGAACAGCGAGCAUUUUGUCUACAUCGAGAACCAAUUCUUCAUUACCGCCACUAGUGACUCUCAGCGUCCCGUGAAAAACAAGAUUGGCGCCGCCAUUGUUGAGCGUAUCCUGCGCGCGGCGCGUGCCGGAAAGAAAUAUAAGAUUAUUGUGGUGAUCCCAUCGGUGCCUUGUUUUGCGGGAGAUCUCCGCGACGAGGAAACGCUGGGGACUCGGGCCAUCAUGGAGUUCCAGUAUAAUUCGAUCAACCGAGGAGGACACAGCAUUAUGGAAAUGAUCGCCAAGGAAGGUUACAACCCCAUGGAAUAUAUUCGGUUCUACAACUUGCGCAACUACGAUCGGAUCAACAACGCUGGACUUUUGUCUGCAGUGGAGCGUGAAAGUGGUGUGCACUAUGAGGACGCUCGCCGUCAAUUUGAUCAACAAACUGUUGGAUCUGCCGGCUCGGUUCCUUAUAAUGGGUCUGGAUACGGCGCUGGUGCUGGUACUGGUGCCGGUGCCGGUGCCGGUGGUGCUACACGAAGUGCCUUUGAUACUUCUGCUCCCUUCCAGCAGUACCAGCAGGCGGCUCAGCAUCACAACGCGGGUGGUCGACCUGCAGGAUCCAGCCAAUGGGACAGUGUCAGCUCUUGCUACAUGUUGAAUGGUCCCGAUAUCCGCAAUGUGCCGUGGGACGGCCACCCCGACGCUGAAAUUGAUGCAUUCGUGAGCGAGGAGCUCUAUGUUCAUUCGAAGGUCAUGAUUGCCGAUGACCGUGUGGUGAUUUGCGGUUCGGCCAACUUGAACGAUCGCUCGCAGCUUGGAGACCACGACUCCGAAAUUGCCGUCAUCAUCGAGGACUUCACCUCCGUUCCGUCCCAGAUGAAUGGCCAGCCUUGGAUGGCCAGUCGCUUUGCUGCCUCCUUGCGUCGUGAACUCUUCCGCAAGCACCUAGGUCUACUGGCUCCGCAAGACUACUCUCGUCCCAGUGCAAGCUGUCAGCCCCCUGGGUCCCCGGAACACUUCGACCUCGACUGCCCCGAGAGCCAAGUGGUGGCCGAUCCCCUGUCCGACACCCUGCAAAGUCUCUGGAAUUCGCGCGCACACACCAACACCGAAGUCUUCCGCAAGGUCUUCCAUGCGGUCCCGGAUGACGUUGUGCGCAACUGGGCGACGUACAAGGAGUUCUAUGAGUAUUACUUCCAUAAAGCGGACCAGCAAGCCGAGGGUAAGGAGGCGUUCAGCCGACCACCGCGGUUCCAGUGGGGACAUGUGGUUCGAGACGACUUUGCCCCCGGAGCUGAGGGGGCGACACAGGUGAAGGAAUUGCUCAGCCAGGUCAAGGGAACUUUGGUCGAGAUGCCAUUGAUGUUCCUGACCGAGGAGGAUAUUGCGAAGGAGGGAGUGACGUUGAAUGACUUGACAGAGCCUCUGUAUACCUGA